AUGGAGGAUAUCUACAGAGUCCAUUCUCACAGCGAUGGACCUGCGAAGCCUUUAACUGAGGUUUUCGCAAAAGUUCUGUCAUCGCUUACAUCGAUACAAGCACAAAGUCUUCCACAAGAUGAAAUGAAGCGCAUCGAUGGCAUCGAGAAGCAACUACGACAGUCCAUGAAUCGCGUCGUGUUCGGAAGCAAUUACAUAGAGCACGUUGGACUCGGCCUCAAUGAGACCCUGGGACUUUGUGAACGUGUCUUUCAAGGCGAAGAUGUCGAGAUCAUUGAUGAGAGAACCCCGGACUACGAAAAGAGGCUCUGGGAGGAAUAUGGCGCCCAGCUCAACAGCAAAGACGACAGGACAGUCAAAUCCUUCAGUUACGGACGCACAGAAGUGAUUAAUCAUGCCAAGGCUUUCCAGUACAUGAUCGAUCAAAUCGUUUCACUGGAUAUGCCAAUUACGGAAGAGUGCAUCACGACCACUCACCGGAUCCUCUGCCAAGAUACGCCCAUCUUUCACCGAAGCGGUUCUGUUACUGACCCUCUCCAUUACGCUGGCAUUUACCGAGACGUUAGAAAUAUUCACGUUGGAGCUGGCGAUACUAUGUUCACUCCACCGAAAAAGGUUCCCGGAGCAAUGAAGGCUAUGAUUGCCGACUUGAAUCAAGAUCUCGAGAAUGCACAAAAGCACAAGAAGAUCGACCCUUUUGCGUUAGCUGCCAAAUAUUCCAUGCAAUUCGUGCAAAUCCAUCCCUUUCAAGACGGCAACGGUCGCAUGUGUCGUCUGAUUCUCAACACAAUACUGUGCAAAUACGCUGGCGUAGUCGUGCCAAUUGGCGAAGACGAAGACGACAAAAAGGCGUAUAUCGACAUCAAGAAAAGGGCCAGCGCGGAUGCAUUGGAUCAUGGAGAGUAUGCGACCUUUGUCCUACAGAAAUCCGAGAUACGAUUACGCAACUUGAAAAAGAUGCUUUCGGGAAAGAAAAGGUCAACAACCUUUCUUCUUUGA